UUUCAGAAAUCAGUCGGGCAGCAAGUGUCGUGGUUCAAGUGCGGCUAAUUUGGCUUAUUUGUGAUUUUCUGUUUUGCUGGCUUAUUGUGCAGUGUUGAAAAACCAAACUAAAUUCAAAAUCGGCUAGAAAGAAAAGUGCUAAAGUCCCAUCAAUAAACCCACAAAACAAAUUCAAAAGGGAAAUCCCUCGAAUAAUAACCCUCAGUGUUUCAAAAGUGUUCAAAUUUUACAACUGUGGCAUCGCAUCACCAAAAUCAGCGACUGCUUUUCUGCAUCAUCGUGCGUUUCCAGGAAAAAUAGAAGAGAAACAGUGCAAACGACACUGGGCUGCAGAGUCAAGGUUGUGCAGCUGAAGGGAGAAGAAGCAACUGCAGCAGCCGCAUAAAUUCCAAAAGUAAUACAAACUGCAGCAACACUAUACGGAUCUGCAGCAGCAACAAUAGAUCAAGCUGCAACUUUACCCAUUGACACAGCAGAAAACAUCUGCUAUCAAAAGCUGAUCCACAUCAUCGGAAUCUUGGGCAACUGAAGCAGCAGCAACAUCUACAGAUAUUGCUACUGCAACAGCAACAGCGGCAUUAACCAGCAGCAACAUCAAAUAGCUCCGUCCAUGGGCGCCGCGGCAAACACAGUCCGGUGAAAAUGGACAAAGGCCGCGCGAGGCUGCCGCCGAAUUAGCAGAGAAGCCGGAAAAUCCACACACGGACGGGCAGUGCAAAUAUUUGCCAGGCCCCAACAAACAAAAAAAAAAGGAGCAACACACUCAACAAAGGCGCCCAAUAAAAGGGGAAGCAUUUGUGCGACAAUAGCCGGGGAAUUAGCCACAAAAGAAGAAGCAACCGGGUCCAUUAAGACAGCCAGGCAUCCAACAAAUCCAACCAACCCAUCAGAUCCCAUCCCGGCUCGACGAGGUCCACUUAAAUGACCGAAUCCACACAGCUGCAGACGGCGGAGAACAACAACGCGGGCGUGGUCAAAAUGGAGCCCCCGCCGCCGGCGACCUCCUCCGUUUCCGUGUCCGCCGCCGCAGCCGCCCACGCCCUCUCCUCCCUCUCCUCGCUCUCGAUGGCCGCCACCGGCUCCGCCCUCUCGCCGGCCACGCCCCCGCCCUCCCUGAACCUGUCACAUCAGCAGCAGCACUCGCAGCAGCAGCAGCAGCAGCAGCAGCACUACGCCCUCAAGUGGAACGACUUCCAGAGCUCGAUCCUCAGCUCCUUCCGGCACCUGCGGGACGAGGAGGACUUCGUGGACGUAACGCUGGCCUGCGACGAGCGCUCCUUCACCGCCCACAAGGUCGUCCUGAGCGCCUGCAGCCCCUACUUCCGCCGGCUGCUCAAGGCCAAUCCCUGCGAGCACCCGAUCGUCAUCCUGCGCGACGUGCGUUGCGACGAUGUCGAGAAUCUGCUGAGCUUUAUGUACAAUGGUGAGGUGAAUGUGAGCCACGAACAGUUGCCCGACUUCCUGAAGACCGCGCAUCUGCUGCAGAUUCGUGGCUUGGCGGAUGUCAAUGGUUGUUAUCCCUACUCCAAGGCUUUGUCCGCCGCCCUGAGCCACAACAACAGCAGCAACAGCAGCAGCAAUAACAACAACAACAGCAGCAACAGCCUGAGCAACAACAAUAACAACAACAACAUAGCCGAGAGCAGUAAUCACAACAAGAUUAGCAGUUACUUGCCACCCAAUCAAGCAAGUGCCACAAGCAACAACAAUGGAAACAGCAGCAACAGCAACAACCACAGCAGCAGCAGCAGCAACAACAGCAGCAGCAACAACAUCAGCGGAUCCCUGAACAGCAGCCUGAACUCACCGUUCAGUGCGCCGCCGGUACCGCCAUCGGUUACCGCCUCGAGUGCAGCGGCAGCAGCAGCAGCGGCUGCCUCGCUCACCGCCGCAGUGGCAGCAGCAGCGGCAGCAACGGCCAGCAGCAGCAGUGCCAGCGGACAAAGCGGCGGCUCGAGCGGUACGCCCGCCAUCCAGGAGCUGAAGGCAUCGUCGGCAGCGUCGCCCGUAAGAACCCCGAACCCGAAUCCCAAUUCCAGCAAAGCCAGCAGCAGCAACCACUGGGACAUGGGUGAGAUGGAGGGCAGCCGGAAGAGCCACCUGACGCCGCCCCCUCAGAAACGCAUCAAGAGCGCCGAUUUGUUCCGGGCCCAGCACGGCAUCAGUCCGGAGCGAUUGCUGCUCGACCGCGAGUUCCCCGUAGCCGGACAGCAUCCCCUCACCCGGAACAGGAGCGGUCGGGACACCUCCAAGGAUCGGGAGCGCAAUUUGGAAUUGAGGGAAUCGCUAUUGGGACAGGCUCUGGAAAACAGCAACGGACAGCAGGCCAAUCAGAAACACGAUCUUGGCCAGAGCGCGGGUGAGGAUUCGAACAGCAGUGACACGGAGCCCUCGGAUCGGGGCGAUGGACAGCACGAUGGAACCCUCGACGGCAUCGACAAUCAGCGCUCGCACUCGUUCCCCAAUGCAUUCCUCGGCCUCCAGGGCAUUCCCGGUCUUCUGCCAGGACCCUCCGGCAUCAACAGUGACUUCGUUUCGCGACGCUCCUUGGAAAUGCGGGUCCGAGCCACAGAUCCCCGUCCCUGCCCCAAAUGCGGAAAGAUCUACCGCUCCGCCCACACACUGCGCACCCAUCUGGAGGACAAGCACACCGUGUGCCCCGGCUAUCGGUGCGUCCUCUGCGGCACGGUGGCCAAGUCCCGCAACUCCUUGCACUCGCACAUGUCGCGCCAGCAUCGCGGCAUCUCCACCAAGGACCUGCCCGUCCUGCCCAUGCCCAGCCCCUUCGAUCCGGACCUGGCCUCCCGCCUGCUGGCCAAGGCGGGCGUCAAGAUCUCUCCGGCGGAGCUGCGGGCCCGGGCCUCGCCCACCGGCGGUAGCGGCAGCAGCGGCGGAGGCGGAGGAGGCGGCAGCGGCCAGGCCAAGUUGGAUCUGAGCAACGCCAGCGGUGGACCGCUGGACGAUGCCGAGGACUCCGACGAGGAUCCCGAGGAUCUGACCACAGGCAAUGGCCUGUACGGCAUGGGCGGAAGCAGCAACGAUCUGAGCCGCUACCACGAGAGCCUGCUGAGCAACUUUGGGCACGCCAGGAUGCGAAAUGAGGCGGCUGCUGCGGCGGCCACUGCGGCUGCUCUGGGCCAGCCCAAGGACCUGGGCGUCCAGAUGCCAAACAGCGGUGCAGCUGGUCAGUCCCUGCUGGACACCUAUCUGCAGUUCAUCACGGAGAACACCUUCGGCAUGGGCAUGUCCCAGGAGCAGGCAGCUGCCGCAGCGCUGCGCGCCAAGAUGGCUCAGCUGAAUGCGAUGGGGCACAGUCUGGAUAGCCUACCGCCGGGCCUGCUGCCCGGUCAGUUCGAUCUGAGCAAACUGGCUGCCGGGAAUCCCGCCUUCGGACAAAGUGGACCCGGUCUGACCAUUGAGCCGAUCAUGCGGCACGACCAGGCUGCCGGAAGCCUCUCGCCGAACGUCCACCGACCACUGGCCCUCAACUCGGGCGGCCGGAUGAUGGGUCACGACGAAAUGGCGGACCACGAGGGCGAUAUGAGGCGGGACGGGUCGGAACCCAUGGAUCUCGGCCUGGACGUUAACCAGUCGGGCAGCAACCAUGAGGUGGCCAACUCCGAUGCCGAGGAGAACUACUCGGAGGACGAGGGAGUGCACAACACAUAGGAGGAGCAAGGGAUUCCAGCGAGGGACCCACGAAUAUGAACAUGAACAUGAACAGUUGUAUACCGAUUACCCAUGGAACAUAUGUAACGAGUAGCCUUAUCCUCAUGUAUACCAGUUUAUGUGUACGAUACGAUACAAUACGAUAGUGAAACCUAGGACUAAAAUCAUAUUUGUGCCGCUGCCAGAGCUGGCCUAGUAGAAUUCAAUGUUGUGCUUUUUAAACUACCUAACUACACAGAUAUAUCCUAUAGAUAUAUCCCCCCAUACACAUAUAUAUUUAUAUACACAAGUACCUGCUGUGUAUACAAGUCGAUGAAGAAGAGGAAGGGAAAUCCCCAGACAACCCAUCCCGCAUGAAAAACAAAAACUAAUGGUAGUCUAGUGUUGUAAGUUAGAUUUCACAUUGAAAGAGAAGCCUGUAAAUACAUAAAACUAUUCAUAUUAGACCAGCAACAGCCCCCCAAACGAUCCGUCGCAUUUAACACUUACGUAUGUUAGUAUUGUACCAGACGCCAGCAGAUAAUUCAGAUGUGCCAUGCAUGCCACAGCCUUCCAGUUCCAAGUCUAGCCAGUCCAUUGAUUCACAGUGCUUACCAUAUCUCAGGAACGCUCGCGGACGAAUCCGAACAACUCAACCGAACUACCUCAGCCAGCGAAAGAGUUGAACCCCUGAAACGAACCUCAAACUUCCAUGAGUUGUGACUGGCCCUGUACUCCAUCUCCAGGAAUCUUGCCAACAUUUAAGAGCGAGACCUGCUCGUAGAUUUAGAAUCCUAAGGGGAUCAGAAAACAAGAAAUUGAUUAUUUAUACACUUAAAUACGGUAUACAGUGCACACUCAGUAUACGUAUAUACACUUAAAAAUAUAUACAUAUGAAUGCCUGUACUUAUUUGUCAGAGAAAUGAAUACCUCAGCAUACUCAGCAUUCGGUCGUUACACUCGAAGGUGGACCCCCUUUAUGAUAUCCAGUGCGAAUCAUAUAAUUAUAAAGAGACUAGGUUAGUUAGUUUAUGUGGCAGCACUGCAAGCAAGACAUAGAUAGAUGUAACUACGCGUUUCCUGUAUGUAUUUAGUUCGAAUAUGCCUCAGUUAUCCUAGGUUUAUGGUUAGCUUCAAUCGGAGAUGAGCACAGACUCUACAAGAGUCGCUACAACUUGCCUUAUGACCAACAUAUGUGUUAAUUUAGUAAUUUUCUACCUCAAUUAAUUUAAAUGUAAUUUACUUGGAUACUUAUUUGUAAGUUCUUGAAGGCACUCUCCAACAUGUAAUUUGUUUCACUUGGCUUGUUUCGAGUGUUUUAACUACCUUUAACAUGGGAUUUACUUUUAUUACUCACCAGUCACCUAACAUAGCUUAACAAGAGAUUGGAUGACGCACAUGUGAAUAAAAAUAUCUAAGUACAUGCGAGUGUCUUUAGUUUUUAUUUACCCGGUUUAGUUUGUAUCUUCGGUUUUAGAAACUUUUCCCUCCUCUCACUCUCGCCCAGAUUUUGGCGCAGGGGGAGUGCAAUAGAUUGCAUUUUCCUAGGUUUGAAAUGCAUUUAAGGCUAAUGCAAUUCGGUUAAGUCGUUAGUUUAAAAUAUAUUAGUUAAAAGUCGUUACAUAAGCAAUAUAAGUAGACAUCCAUGUGCUUAGAAAGUUAUAUAAAUAUUUAUUGACAUUACAAUAAAGCCGCGUU